ACCCACAAUGCCCCGCUGCCCGCCGGUGACGUCUGCGCCGGUUUGUUUUGCGACCGGGCGGGAGGGGAUCCGCCGAGCGUGAGGAAGUUUGGGGCUGGAUGUGGUCCGUCCGUCCCGGGGUUUGAUUAGUUGGGGGUUAACAGCGCCCUGAGCAAAAAUGUUACCAACAACAACAUAUAAUCCCAGCAGUCAAGGGAAUGGUGCCCUAAAUUCCCGGGAUUCUGCACGACAUACAGCUGGAGCCAAGCGGUACAAGUACCUCAGGCGCCUUUUUCGUGUUAAACAAAUGGAUUUUGAAUUUGCUAUGUGGCAGAUGUUGUACCUAUUCACAUCCCCACAGAUGGUAUACAGAAACUUUCAUUACAGAAAACAGACUAAAGAUCAGUGGGCCAGAGAUGACCCAGCCUUCCUAGUUUUGCUUAGUAUCUGGUUAUGUGUUUCUACCAUUGGUUUUGGAUUUGUAUUAGGAAUGGGAUUUUUUGAAACAAUAAAGCUUUUACUGUGGGUCGUAUUCAUUGACUGCAUUGGAGUUGGACUACUGAUUGCAACGUUAAUGUGGUUUAUCACCAACAGAUAUUUGAUGAAGCCUCAGAGUAAAGGCUAUGAUGUGGAAUGGGGCUAUGCCUUUGACAUUCACCUAAAUGCUUUCUAUCCACUUCUUGUAAUAUUGCAUUUUUUUCAAUUGUUCUUCAUUAACCAUAUCAUUAUUAAGGAUGGAUUUGUUGCUUGCUUUGUUGGAAAUAUCUUCUGGCUGGUUGGCAUUGGUUAUUACAUUUAUGUUACUUUUCUUGGAUAUAGUGCAUUGCCUUUUCUGAAGAACACAGUUGCCCUCCUAUAUCCAUUUGCUCUCCUCGUCAUUUUCUUCUUGCUGUCACUGGGAUUGGGAUGGAACUUCACCAAAGGACUGUGCUGGUUCUACAAGUACAGAGUGCAGUAAAACACCACUCAUCUACUGAAGUAUUUGCUGAACAUUUUGUUUGAUGAUGGUGUAUAAUACAGCUUUGACAUAUUUGUAUAAUUUGUAAAUGUGCUGUACAUACUGAUAAAUAACCAAACAGAUUUGAGGAAUAAAUUCAAGAUUACUUUUGAUUUUAUUCUUUUUAAAUGUUUGAUGAAUUGUGGCAAAUCUUUUUCUACAAUGUGAGUGGUGGAAUAUUGAAUCCAGCAAUCAGACCAGUUUGUAUAUUUCAUAUUUAUCAAACCUCUCAAUGAAGUACAUUCCUUUAACAGCAAUAGUUCUGGCAGCUUUUCUGAAAAGCGAUUAUUGGGAAGUUUCAAUGAAUAUUUCUUUUGUAUAUUUCCCCACUUUGACUGUUCAUUUUUUGAAUAUAUUUCACACUCAAAUGGGGUUAGUGAAUGGUUUUAGAAAGGAGAGAGAAUGAGCCAGUCAGGUUGAAGUCAGAGAAAGGGUGGGUAAUGGGAUAGAAAGCGAAAUUUUUUUUUGUUUCAGAUUCACUUGUUCCCGAUCCUAGUUCCCAUCCUUCUCCCUUUUCUGGCUGAUUUAAAGCAUACAGUAGAUUAAGCAAAAACCUAAUGAAUCCCUAAGCUCUCCAGGAGUUCAACACUUCUACUGUUGAGCACAUCUCAAGACAAGCAGCAAAACCCUUUAUAAAUUAGAUAAUGUUUUGUGGGUGACUGGGCUCAGCUGGUCAGAUAAUUCCAUCAAAACAAUACGUUUUGGUUUUUGGAGACAUAAGUUCUGCAUUUAUAACAAAAAUAAAACAAUGACACGAACAA